AUGGCUCGAUUCCAGUCUGUCGCUACAUUCGUGAUAUUAUCCUUGGCUCUUGGUGGUCUCGCCGCAAUAGGGCCUACGGCCACCAUUGAUAUUGUCAAUGUCGAACUUUCGCCCGAUGGCUUCAAUCGCUCAACCGUUCUCGCUGGUGGAACAUUCCCUGGUCCUCUCAUCACCGGUAACAAGGGCGAUAACUUCCAGCUGAAUAUCAAUAACCAGCUUACGGAUACUACCAUGUUGAAGACGACCACUAUCCAUUGGCACGGUCUCUUCCAGAAAGGCACCAACUGGGCUGAUGGUCCGGCGUUCGUCAACCAGUGCCCGAUAGCGAGUGGCAACUCGUUUUUGUACGACUUCACCGUUCUUGAUCAGGCUGGCACGUUCUGGUACCACUCUCACUUGCAAACCCAGUACUGCGAUGGUCUUCGUGGUGCGCUCGUCGUGUAUGACCCGAAUGACCCCAACGCCGAUCUCUACGAUGUUGAUGAUGAAACCACCGUUAUUACACUCGCGGAUUGGUACCAUGCUGUGGCUCCCACCAUCGCAGUCGGUGUCGCUGACUCUACGUUGAUCAACGGGCUGGGUCGUUAUGCGGGAGGGCCCUCAUCCGACUUGGCAGUUAUCAGCGUCACUUCUGGGAAGCGUUACAGGUUCCGCCUGGUUUCUAUUAGCUGUGACCCCAACUUCACCUUCCAGAUUGAUGGUCACAAGUUCACCAUCAUCGAAGUUGACGGUGUCAACCACGAGCCCCUCGAGGUCGAUGAGAUCCAGAUCUUCGCCGGUCAGCGCUACUCGAUCGUCAUGGCCGCUGACCAGCCCGUCGACAACUAUUGGAUCCGCGCCAACCCGAACAACGGUGCUGCUCAGGGCUUCGACAACGGCAUCAACUCUGCAAUCCUGCGCUAUGUCGGCGCCGACGCCGUUGAACCCACCACGACUCAGGAUACCCCGUCUGCGGCGCUCGUCGAGACGAGCCUCGUGCCCGCCGAGAACCCUGGCGCGCCCAUUCCCGCUGACCAGCGCUGCGUCGACUGCGCAGACGUGAACAUCAACCUCGCGCUCGACUUCAACCUCAACGGCGACUUCCAGUUCAACAUCAACGGUAUCAGCUACGUCUCUCCCACCGUUCCGGUGCUGCUACAAAUUCUUUCUGGCGCACAAUCUGCGACGGACCUCCUUCCGACUGGAAGCGUCUACGCUCUCCCGAAGAACAGCACGAUCCAGAUCUCGCUGCCGGCUGGUUCGACCGCCCCUGCUGCGGGCGGCCCGCACCCCUUCCACUUGCACGGACACACCUUCGACGUCGUGCGGGCGUCGGGCCAGUCUGACUACAACUGGAUCAAUCCGCCCCGCCGUGAUGUCAUCAGCACCGGCCAGACUGGCGACAACGUCACCAUCCGUUUCGUCACUGACAACUACGGUCCCUGGUUCCUCCACUGCCACAUCGACUGGCAUCUCGAGGCCGGCUUCGCCGUCGUUCUCGUAGAGGACACGGGUGACGUCUCGGCGAACGUCGCGGUCCCCGACUCGUGGAGCGAUUUGUGUCCGACGUACAACGACCUCACCGCCGACGAACUUGGCGGCCAGGAUUAA